CUCUGUCGCGCACACACCCUCCGGUCGGCCCCGCCCCCAUAUCCGGGUCCUCGCCUGCCGCUGGCUGUCACUCGGGGAGCUCCCUAUCCCGCACUUCCGGGCCUGGCUACGACUAGGCCCCGCCCAUAGGACUCGAGUCCCGCCCCUGAUCCUUACACAUCCGGGCACCCAGCGCCUCCGGGUUUGCCUGCGCCAUUGGAGCCGGGCGGGUGUCUAUCUCCGUCUGCAAACAGUCCACUUGGCUGCUUCAGGCCCCUCCAGCAUUUUCCUGGCCGCGCCUUAUUCAGAGCCCCGCCUUCGUAGCCUUUGUCCUGCCCACUCUCCUUAGGCCACGCCCUGCCGCGUUGGGGGCCGCCCACCUUACCGGGAGGAUACUUCUUUCAUAUGGGUAAUCCGGCAGGUAGCUCUUUAUGCGUUUGGGACACCUCCCUCCCUCCCAGAGCAUGGAAACACCGGAGGCCGAGCUCAGUCGGCCCUCACCCCCUGCCUUCCCUUGAUGGAGGAGGAACCCCCUUUGCCCAACCCGGACAUGCCGGCCUCUGCAGAGCCCAGCUUCAGUGACACGGACAAGGAGGUGUUCUCUCCUGUUACGGCUGCUGCAGCGACCUUCUCUUCCAUGGCGGAGGAACCAGGCCCUGCCCGGGCAGCCACACCCAUAGCCCCAGAUAGUGGCCAGCCCGGCCCUGGACCCAGCAUUCGCCCAACCAGCACAGUCUCCGGGACCAGCGAGGACCUGAGGCCUCCCAGACGACGCCUACCACCAGGGAAACAGAUACCCUGCUCCAGCCCUGGCUGCUGCCUCAGUUUCCCCAGCGUUCGCGACCUGGCGCAGCAUCUGCGUACCCACUGCCCACCCACACAGUCCCUGGAAGGCAAGCUCUUCCGAUGCUCCACCCUGAGCUGCACGGAGACCUUCCCCAGCAUGCAGGAGCUGGUGGCACACGGCAAGCUGCACUACAAACCCAAUCGCUACUUCAAGUGUGAGAACUGCCUCCUGCGCUUCCGCACGCACCGCUCGCUCUUCAAGCAUCUGCAUGUUUGCGCCGAGCAUGCGCAGAGCCCAGCCCCGCCGCCACCCCCCGCCCUCUACAAGGAGCCUCCUGCGCCCGAGCGCCCCCCGGAGUCCGACCCUGCGUCGGCGUCCGGCCUGCAGUUCCCGCUGCUCGAGCCCUUCACGACCCCAGCCCCCGCCCCCAGCGGGCCUUUCCUGCCGUACUUGAACCCCGCGCCCUUUGGCCUCAGCCCCCCACGCCUGCGCCCCUUCCUGGCUGCCGCGCCCGGGCCACCCGCCUCCAGCGCCGCCGUCUGGAAGAAGAGCCACGGUGCCGGCGGCAGCCCUCGAAGACCCCAGGGCGGCUCCGACGCGCCCUCAGGGCACGCGGCCCCGAGCCGCAUCGUGUGGGAGCACACGCGCGGCCGCUACUCGUGCAUGCAGUGCGCCUUCUCCACGGCUUCGCGGCCCGCCAUGACACUCCACCUGGAGGACCACCGCCCUGGCGCCCCCGUGGCCCCGGUGCUGGCGCAGCCGCGCCGCGACGCGCCGGCGGACCCGGCCCCGCUUGCACCUACGGUGUCGUCGCUGCUGUCAGAUGGGGACUGUCCGGUUUUCUCGCCACUCUGAACCCCGGCGCGCUGGGGGAGGGUGUGUGUGGGGGUGUGAGUAGUUUUGUAAUUUUAGGGGGUCCUGAGAUUGAGGGGCGGGGGUCAAUAAAGGAGGCGCCAUGAGCCAG